UGCUGUUGGAGUAAUGGCCGCCUGGGCAGCGAUGGCCGGGACGGGCAGCAACAACAGAGCCAUGUCGGAGCGCUGCAGCUGACCUGGGAGACCCAACCGCACCGGCCCGUCGCUAAUAUGAGCGGACCGAGCCAGGACAGCGAGCCGGAGGCCAAGGUCCUGCUCAUCAAGCGGCUGUACAGGGCUGUGGUCGAGUCUGUCCACAAACUGGAUGUGAUUAUCGGCAGCAAGUCGUCCUACAGAGAGGUCUUCAAGCCGGAGAACAUCAGCCUGCGCAACAAGCUGAGGGAGCUUUGUGUUAAGCUGAUGUUUCUCCACCCCGUGGACUACGGCCGCAAGGCUGAGGAGCUGCUCUGGAGGAAGGUUUACUACGAGGUCAUCCAGGUUAUCAAGACAAACAAGAAGCACAUCCACAGUCGCAGUGCUCUGGAAUGUGCCUACAGAACCCACCUGAUCGCCGGCGUGGGCUUCUACCAACACCUGCUGCUCUACAUCCAGUCACAUUACCAGCUGGAGCUGCAGGACUGCAUCGACUGGACCCACGUCACGGAUCCACUCAUCGGUCGGAAGAAACCGGUGUCUGCCACUCCCAAGGAGAUGGAGUGGGCGCAGAUGGCCUGCCAUCGCUGCCUGGUCUACCUGGGAGAUCUGGCCCGGUACCAGAACGAACUCGCCGGGGUGGAAGCUGAGCAGUUGGCCGAGCGGUUUUACCAUCAGGCCCUGUCAGUGAUGCCACACGUAGGAAUGCCUUUUAACCAACUGGGCACACUGGCUGGGAGCAAGUUCUACAAUGUUGAAGCAACCUACUACUACCUGCGCUGUAUCCAGUCAGACGCGCCAUUCGACGGCGCUUACGGCAACCUGAAGCGCCUGUUUGACAAAGCUGCCAAGAUGUACCACCAGGUAAAGAAGCAGGAGAUGAAGAAGCUGUCUCCGUCUCGGCAAAGAUCCAAAGAUAUAAAGCGGCUGCUGGUGAGCUUCAUGUACCUGCAGAGCCUCCUGCAGCCCAAGAACAGUCUGAUGGAGAUGGAGCUGACGUCGCUCUGCCAGUCGGUGCUGGAGGAUUUCAACCUGGUGCUUUUCUACCUGCCGCCCCCGACCCACGGAGGAGCUCACCCCGGCCCCAGCGAGGAGGACGAGGAGCAGCACCAGCACCCGCAGCACUCCGACAGCUCCUGCACCGUCCUGCCCGACAACCUCAUCUUCAAGAUGGUGGUCACGUGUCUGAUGGUGGUGCACAGCCUUAAGAGGGGAGGAUCAAAGCAGUACAGCGCUUCCAUCGCUUUCACUCUGGCCCUGUUCUCCCACCUGGUGAACCACGUCAACAUCCGGCUGCAGGCCGAGCUGGAGGAAGGGGAGAGCCAGGUGCCUCCGCUCCACACUGACGCCGCAGAUGAUUUGGAGAUGAAGGAUCCGUCGGCUCAGCCGACAGACAUCCCCGAGGAAAGGCCGUUGCAGAACGGCUCGCUGGAGCAGGACGACGAGGACAAAGGCGUCGAUGGCUGCGUCCGCCUCGCCGGCAAGAAGCAGAGCAACGAGGAAGAACGGAGCAAGGCGGAGGAGGAGAAGCAGAGGCAGAAGAAGAAGUUCACCCGCCUUUCUCGACUCCGCCGCCGGCGCUGCGCUCGUAAAGACGGCGGCGGGGAGGACGACAGCGACCUGAGCGAAGGCUUCGAGAGCGAAGAGGAUGAGGACAACGACGAAGAAAGACGGAGCCGUGCUGAUUCAGCAGUGGAAACGGAAACGACGACGCCGACGACAACAACGCUCAACCCCUCAUCCGUCAAGAAGGAGGCGAAGAGAGAGGCGGUGGGCGAGGAGGGCAGCUGGGGGAGUGGCUCGGAGGAGGAGGGAGGAACGGCCUUCGACGUGGAGACGGACUCGGACAUGAACAGCCAGGAGUCCCGCUCCGACCUGGAGGACAUCGAGGACACGGACAACGCAGAGGCCUCCGAGGCUCCGGCCCGGGAGCAGCCCGAGGAGGAGGAGGAGGAGGAAGAGGAGCAGGCCAAGGAGGAGGAGGUGAGGGAGGAGGAGCCGCCCCCGGCCGCCAACGGGCCCCUGCUGCCGGCCGACUCCAGCAUCAGCAGCAACCUGCAGGCCAUGUCCUCGCAGCUCUUCCAGGCCAAGCGCUGCUUCCGCCUGGCGCCCACGUUCAGCAACAUGCUGCUGAAGCCGCCCGCCUCCCCGUCCCCGGGGACCCCCACCCCCACCGAGACCUCUGCCCCCCCCUCCCAGGAGACCCCCCCUCCUCCCGGGGAGUCGCCCCGCGACAUCACCCCUGGUACUGCCAACGGAACCAACGACGAUGACUUGAACUCUGAUUCAGAAGAGAGUCAACACAGCGCUCAGUCGGUCCAUAGUGAGAAAACGCUGGUGGAGAAGCUGGAGAUCCUGACCAACCAGGGCCUGAUCCAGGUGGUGAAGGUGUUCGUCGACUGGCUCCGGACCAACACGGACAUCAUCGUCAUGUGUGCGCAGAGCUCUCAAAGCUUGUGGAACCGUCUGUCUGUCCUGCUCAACCUGCUACCGGACGGCAGCAAGAUGGUGGAGGCCGAUCUGGGUCUCCCCGCCGACGUGGCGGAGAUGCUGAACCAGUGUGAGCAGCCCGGUUUGGUCCAGGCGCUGCUGCUGCCGGAGGACGUGGCUCUGAGACACCUGCCGGCUCUCAGCGCCGCUCACCGCCGCCUCGACUUCACGUGCCGCGGCUCCUCGCUCAGUCCCCUGCAGGAGUGUGUGGUGCGAGUGUGUUGCAUCCGGAGUUUUGGCCACUUCCUCACGAAUCUGCAGGGAAACGUGCUGCACUUCAACCCCGAGGCGGGAAUCUUCACCAGCGUGAGCCAGUCGGAGCAGGACAACCUGCUGCAACAGGCCAAGGCCCAGUUCCGCAUGGCUGAAGAGGAGGCUCGUCGAAAUCGGUUGAUGAGGGACAUGGCUCAGCUCCGACUGCAGUUGGAGGUGUCGCAGCUGGAGGGCAGCCUGCAGCAGCCCAAGGCCCAGUCGUCCAUGUCUCCCUACCUGGUCCCAGACACGGCUGCUCUCUGCCAACAUCUGGGUCUGAUCCGGCAGCUGGCUGGGAGCGGCUGCUUCAUCAUCAUCAUCCCGCGGGCAGUGAUUGAUGGACUCGACAGGCUGAAGAAGGAAAAUAUCGGUGCGAGAGACGGCAUCCGCUUUCUGGAGUCUGAAUUUCGUAAAGGCAACAGGUACAUUCGCUGCCAGAAGGAAUCAGGUCGCAGUUUUGAGAGAGAUAAACUAAAGCGCCAGGACAUCGAGGCCUGGUACUUGUACAAGAUGGUGGACAGUUGUCGUCAGCUCACCAUCUCCCAAGGCAACGGGGACGAAGACACGGCCGGCAUGGUGACCAUCCUGACGGGCCACGAGCUGGAAGAGCUGUGCGCCCGGUCGGCGGCCAUGAAGGCGGCGGUGCAGGCGGCCGGCUCGGCCGGCAUGGAGCUGAAGAACAUCGUGGACUUCUACCGGCAGUGGAAGGAGAUCGGCUGAGAGCUCCACCGGGGGCAGCUGUCAGUGCUGCGAACAGCUGAUCGAUCACAACACUCGCUCCCUCUCUCUCUCUCCCACUCUUUUGCUCUGUAUGUAUCUGCGUCUCCAAAAGGCAACAAAACAACUCAGAAGGAAGUUGGAUCAAAGAGUUAAAUCUCAGAGGGCCGGACAGGUAAAACACGAAGAAGAAAAAAAAACAAACCCAAUAGAAACAAAAAAGAGAAACGCGGGUGAAAUGUGACGCGGUAAGAAAAAGCAAGACGUCCCACUUCCCGACCCUAAACAUACCGGGCGAGGACGCGCUGGGACGGCGCCGCACCAUUUCAGGUGCCGCUGGUUCACACCUAACCAGGAAUACACUGUAUAUGUUAGCAAAUGAGUUCAUACGUGUUGAGAGAAGCGCACACACACAUUCACGCUCAGAUCAAUCCAUAUAGAUAUUUAGAGCCGUGGUUUGGAUUUCCGUUCCCUCCUCCCCUUCAGGAGACUUUUGAGAAACAGGGUCAAGGGCGCGUGCUGGGUCUGCUCGGGCUGCGUUUUGAGAGUCGGGGCGAACGGCGACACCUUUGGAGACGGACCAGGCGCCCCGACGGCGCGGCGGGGAACCGAACCGGGCACCUCGCAGCUCACAGGCCUCAAGGAAAGGUCCAGGAAGACGAGUACGUGCUUCUUUAGGUCCGAUUCUUUCCUGUAUGGCUUCUUUUUGUUGUUUUUAUUUUUAUUUUUUUCAUGAUGUUUUGGUUUUUGCUUUUCUUUAUUUGCGGUGUACUUUUGUGACCAGUGACUUCUGUGUAUUGUGCUAUUUCUGUAUGAGACGAGAAAAGUAAAAAAAAAAAAAAAAAAACUUGCAGGUGUCUGCCUGUUAAAGAUUUUAAUUUGGAUUUUUAUUUUUGUACCCAAAUGUUGUUUAUUUUGCGUUUUGUAAGCUUAAAAUCUGAGUGAUAUAUGCAAGAAUGUUAAAGGGGAAGGCCGCGGGGGGAGGGGGGGUCGACGGAAGCUGGUUCGGUGGUAGUUGAAAGGCAGCGGCUGACUUUCCCUGAGGAUUGUGGGUUGUGUUUGGACCUCUUUAACUCCUGAAAUGUAUCCCAUCUACAUCCCCAUCUCCAUAGUGAAUGUCCCAUCGUGCAGAGGAAAACCAGUAUAUGUGUGUGGCCAUGCAUUGAACAAUAAAAAAGGAAAACU